AUGUUGAUUCUUGCAUUGCUACAUGCGGUCCCGCAUGAGAAGCAUGCAACGGCCACUUCUGCUUUGUAUGCGUUUCGAUCGACGGGUUCAACGCUGGGCUUGUCUGCGGCUAGUGGGAGUUUCAAUCGGCGACUCAACCAGGCAUCUUUGAUGACAAAUUCAGUCUGUGUUGAAGGGGACGAUUGUGAUUUGGAUGCACUUCACCAGGCCUUCCAACUUGCACUGGCUUUUGCCUGUGUUGUUAUGUGGAACGAGGCAAUGUGGGACAAGGUAAAGUGGGAAAAGGUAAUGUGGGACAAGUCAUAUGACGUCAUUGACGACUUUAGCAGUUUCGGCGAGUACCGUGAAGACACUGUACCAUGUUCCACUUGA